UCCGGCCGGAGCCAAGAUGGUGUCGGCGGGUCAGUCGAAGGCCGAGUACCUGCAGCGGUACCUGAGCGGCCCCGCGGCCGCCCCGCACGCCCCGCAGCGCCGCCGCCGCAGGAAGAAGCCGCCGGGAGGCAGCGGCCGAAGAGGGAUGCGGAUCGUGGAUGAUGAUCUCGGCUGGAACAGCAUCUCCGAUGCCCAGCAGAAGGAGGAGGAGGAGGAGGAGGAGGAUGAAGGGGACAUGCCUGUGGUGGCAGAGUUCAUUGACGAGCGUCCGGAUGAAGUGAAGCUCAUGGAGGAAUUCCGGACAAAUUCGAAAUGGAAACUUUUAGGAGACCAGAACGAAGACUCCCAAAGUUCGGAUCUGUCUGUUCUUGCCAAAGCCAGCGUCAGGCGCCAACGCCACGACUCCCCGGACAGCUCGUCCCCGCGGGGAGCUCAACAACUCUCCCCAGACACAUCUCCUGCAGGGCAGCAGCGCCACAGCUCCCCAGAUCUGUCCCCUCCCAGGCGGGAUACAAACAACUGCCCCAACCUCAUGGCUCCCAGGCGCCAACGCCACGACUCCCCUGACCUGUCACCUCCCAGGCGCCAGCGCCACGACUCCCCUGACCUGUCACCUCCCAGGCGCCAGCGCCACGACUCCCCUGACCUGUCACCUCCAAGGAAGAAGCGCCACGACUCCCCUGACCUGUCGCCUCCAAGGAAGAAGCACAACUCCCCAGACCUGUCACCUCCCAGGAGGAAGCGCCACGACUCCCCCGACCUCUCCCCGCCCAGGAGGAAGCGCCACGACUCCCCAGAUGACUCUCCAAAGAAAAAGGGCUGCAAAAGUGCAGAGAAGUGGCAGCGAGGGGCAGUGCAAGGAGAGCUGUCUCGGCCCCAGCACGUGUCAGACCAGCCCAGCACCCGUCGCAGGCGUCAGGCCACUCCAGAUCUGUCCCCACCGCGCAGGAGGCGGCCCGAUUCAGACCCAGAUGCGUCACCGCCCCGGAGGACGAGGCCUGGGUCCCCCAGUGUGCAGAAGCAGAGCCGAGCCAAAGGUCCUUCUCCAACCACAAAGAAGCUUCGGCAGGUCCAGCGGAGUCCCAGCAGGUCUCCAGACUCGUAUCUGUCCCCGCCACGGCGGGCUCAGCGUGCCUCCAGCCCCCCUCAGCUCUCCCCUCAACGCCGCAGCGAUGCCAGGGGCUCUCCCAAGAAGGUAGCCAUCAUGUCAUCUGGGGGCAAAGCUGGCUUGGUGUCAGCUGACGUGCUGCGGAGGGAGCAGCAGGAGCUCAGGAAGCAGCAGAGAAACAAGGUCUUGGAAGACGAGUCCCAGCACUCCCAGACCGUCUUCCGGGACAAGUGGGGCCGCAAGAGGAACCUGGAGCAGGAGCGGCUGGAGCAGCAGCAGCAAGCCGAGGCCCAGGCCGAGCGGGACGAGCAGUAUGCCCGCUGGGGCAGAGGGCUGGCACAGGGCAAGCAACAGCAGCAGAACGUGGAGGAUGCCCUGAAGGAGAUGCAGAAGCCGUUGGCCCGUUACAUCGAUGACCAGGACCUGGACCGAAUGCUGCGGGAGCAGGAGAGGGAAGGAGACCCCAUGGCCGACUUCAUCAAGAAAAGGAAAGCCAAGGAGAGCAAAGAAAAGAAAGAGAAACCACGGUACAAGGGCCCGGCACCUCCGCUCAACAGGUUUAAUAUCUGGCCUGGGCAUCGCUGGGACGGCGUGGACAGGUCCAAUGGGUUCGAGCAGCAGCGCUUUGCCAGGAUGGCCAACAAGAAGGCAGUGCAGGAGCUGGCCUACAAGUGGAGUGUCGAGGACAUGUAGGUGUGGAACCACGUGAAGCUCCCCAUCGAGGCGUCAGAGCUUUGCCUACUGCCACUGGAACAGCGAAGCUCAUCCUCAGCAGUGUGGGACUGUGUGCCAGAGGCGGGCAGGGGGAAGCUCUCUAGCUUCCCUUCAUCCCUGCUGGUGAGAGAGCACUUGUGGAAAUAACUGCAGUUGUUCUGGGAGCAGGUGUUAAAUGUGGGGGCACAUUCCAUGGAGGUGCCUCAUCUUCUGUGGCAGCGGGUGGCCACGUGGCCAGUCUCUGUCUGCAGGGGUGCUGAGGCACUCGGAGUGCAAUGGGAAUCCUCUCGGGAGUGGGAGAGCCUGGGCACCUCCUGCCCUCUUUUUUUAGUCCCUGUGUUAUGUUUCUUGCCGUUCUGGAAUCCACUUUUACACCUGUAAAUACUUUCUCCUUUUUUACUUCA